AGCUCCGAAGAAGAUCCAAAAAUUUCCUGGCGGCGAUAAGAUUUAUUUUUUGUAUCAGUUAUCGUUCAGAACACAAUAACGUUCAAUAAAAUUAAGACAACAAUCAGAAUGGCAGGAAAUGUCUCAAAAAAGCGCAAGGUGGAGGAUGGAAUGAAAGGAAAGACUGGCAGACCUGUCAAGAAAUUCAAGAAACAAACACACUACGAAUCCUCAUCCGAUGAAGAAGAAUCAGCAACAACGCAAGAUUUUCAAGCAGUCAAUUUGCAAGACUCAGACGAAGAAGAGAAUGGAGCCGAUGAUGCCAUCACAGGGAGUUUGUCAGAUGAGGAUGAUGAGCCGAACCUCAAUGCCGCGGACAAUGAGUUAGAAGAAGAAAUCACAGAUGCCUCAAAUUCCGAUUCAGAAAAUUCAGAUGAAGAUGACUCGGAUGCAAACUCAAAUCCCAAUUUAAUAAAGGCACGGAAGCGCAAUGAUCCAGAUGCAUUUGCCACAUCUAUGUCUAAGAUUUUGGGAUCGAAGCUAUCGGCGAGUAAAAGGAAUGACCCAGUUUUGUCGAGGAGUCAAACGGCAAUAGAGGCUAGUAAGGAAAUGACGGAUUUGGCCUUGGAAAAAAAGGCAAAACAUAAGAUGAGGGAAGAGAAGAAGGCUGCACUGGAGAAGGGAAGAGUCAAGGAUGUUUUAGGUGCCAGUACAGCAUUUGAUGCGAGUAAUGGUUACGGAACUGGAGAGAAUGUACCGAGUGUACAGGAGACGAUGGAACUGGAAAAGCGAUUGAGGAAAACUGCUCAGAGGGGUGUUGUCAAGCUCUUCAAUGCUGUUAGAGCAGCUCAAAUUAAAGGCGAAGAGGCAGCCAAGGAAGCGAGACAAAAAGGAGUGGUGGGGCAAGGAAGGAGAGAGGAGAAAAUUAACGAGAUGAGUAAGAAGGGAUUUUUGGAUUUGAUUGCAGGUGGAGGCGGAUUGAGGAAAGGAGAAAUCGAAGAGGCCUAAAAAGGACAGAAAAAAUUCUAAUCAGAUUCUCCAUGGUAUGGCGUUGGAGGUGCGAUUUUACUCCUCUUGGAGGUUUCGUUCAUAUAAAGCAUCCAGCAAGCCCGUGUCCCUCAUGGUGCGGAUUAUAUG